AAUAUCCACUAGCGUUCCUGCCUGCGAGGGAGGUGGCCGGGCUGGGAGAACAUGUCAGGCCACAAUCGAUGUGUCAAAUUACAUUUACGGGAGUGAAGCGACUCGUGGCGUGGAACUAUGGAGCUCCUGCAAACAGAAAAGUACUACAUAUUCAACAGGGGCGAACAUUCUCUUUGGUGCAAUCGAAAAACUGGCCAUUUCGAAGCUAAAACAUGUUGGGACUUGGCAGCAGCAGAAAACCCCACAUGCCUUGGUAUUGUUCACCUCCUCCUCGGGAAACUUCAGAUCCACCCAGACUUGUCGUCCCGCCUUGUGUUGGUUUGUGGGGUGAAGAAGGUGGGGACUGUCGGGGAGAACCAGUCUGUCUACUGCAUCAGCAGAGUGGUGUUCCUGCCCCUUACUUCACCUCCUGACUCAGAACUUAACCUGCAGCAGUGCAAAAAACAUGCCAACCAUCCAGGAGGGUCUGCAGGAGAGAGGAAGCUGGGUCUACCAUUUUCUGACUUGCAGCAGAAAGUGGCACUCUCCAAAACCUUUGGGACUAUUCGUAGUGUCACUUCCACAAUCAAGUCUGCCACGGUCAAUGCUGCAGCCUCGGCUGCCGGGCAGGGAAGCAAGGUCCGUCGUGAGGCUCGGGACAAGGAGCGCUAUGAGAGACGGGUGUUGGAUGAACUUACUAAGAUGUUUAACGAGUCAGACUCCUUCUACUACUCCCUUGACACUGACCUCACCAGCUCCCUGCAGCGACAGAGUGAGCCUGAAUACGACCGGAGCCUUCCACUGUGGCGCCGCGCUGAGGAUGAAUACUUUUGGAACAAACACUUACUUUUGGAUCUGAUAGAACAAGGGGAUUCCAAACUUGAUUUUUGGAUUGUGCCGGUGAUACAGGGCUUUGUGCAGACAGAAUCAGUGCCUCUGGAUGCAGCCCCAACCACACCUGAAGGAACCCAGAACUCCCAGCAAGACAAGUACAACCUGACUCUGGUAUCCCGGAGGAGCAGGCAUCGUGCAGGAACAAGGUACAAGCGGAGGGGGGUAGAUGAAGACGGUCGAGUGGCCAAUUACGUGGAAACCGAGCAAAUUGUCUCAUACUCCCACCAUCGGGUAGCCUUCGUCCAGGUACGAGGGUCUGUGCCAGUGUUCUGGAGUCAGCCCGGCUACAAGUAUCGCCCACCACCUCGACUGGACAAAGAUGCGACGGAGACCGCAGCCGCCUUCAGCAAACACUUUGAAGCGGAGGUGAAGCGUCAUGGCCAUGUCACGUGUGUAAGUUUGGUGGAGCAGAACGGCAAGGAGAAGGUGAUUGCGGACGCUUACCUCAACAACAUCCUCACGCUGGACUCCCCAUCCCUCACCUUUGUUACCUUUGACUUCCACGAGUACUGCCGAGGGAUGAGGUACGAGAAUGUGUCUGUGCUGACUGAAGCUAUCGAGGAGUUGAUCACCAAGAUGCUCUACUGUUGGGUUGACAAGGAGGGCACGAUCUGCAGGCAAAAUGGGGUCUUCAGGAUCAACUGCAUAGACUGUCUUGACCGAACCAAUGUUGUACAGACUGCCAUCGCCAAAUCUGUGCUGGAGAGUCAGUUUGUGAAGCUUGGCAUGAUUCCCCCGGAGCACCCACUGCCAUCCGCCUGCCGCUCCAUUCUGCAAGUCAUGUGGGCCAACAACGGCGACACCAUCAGCAAACAGUACGCAGGCACCUCCGCCCUCAAGGGAGACUUCACCCGGACAGGAGAAAGGAGAUUUGCAGGCAUGAUGAAGGACGGCAUGAACUCAGCCAACAGAUACUAUAGGAAUCACUUUCUUGACACAUACCGGCAAGUAGCCAUUGAUGUGAUGCUGGGGUUGGAGCUCUCAGACAGUCAGUGGCAGGAGAUAGACUAUGUCGAGACUUUGCUCAGUGUAGCAGGUGCCUUAAUGCCUAUUGGUCCACCAAGUUACAUGGCUGAAAUCGCCCCAUCCAGUGAAAAAUACUUAGCAAGUGCCCUCUAUUCCCUCUCCAGAUACUACAUGAACCGCUUCAAAGAUGCCUACAGACAGGCAACAAUUGAUCACCUGUUGGGCAACCCAGUCACUGAAGACAUCAUGAAUUUGGAGGCCUCAGGGGAGGAGGAGGAAUCAUCAAUGACCCCAGAACAUGUGAAACACGUGAUUGAUGACUGCAAGAAGCUGCUGGUGCCUGAUGCUGAGACCAUCCUUGGGGCGUGGGGGCUCAUUGAUUCCGACCCCUCGACCGGCGACCCAGACCAGACCGACAUGGACAUCAUCCUGGUGUUAACGCGGGACUCUUACUAUGUGGCCCAAUACAAUGAGGAGACUGACCAGAUUUUGCAUUAUGAACGAGUGUCUCUCAUUGACCUGGAGAAGAUUGAGAUGGGACCAUACACCUGCCAAGCCAUGUUCAAGCAGUCCCGCCCCCACCAAUGUAUCCGUUUCAACUACCUGGUUGAUGGGCAGGGUGGGUACUUUCACUUGUUCCGCUCCAUGAACAUCCGUUUCUUCAACAACAUGGCCAUCACCAUCAAGUCAGAAGAGGAGACAGUAGAAUCUGUGAAGGCUAUUGGGGAGACCUUUGAAGUGGCGUGUCAGAUGAUAGGGUGCGAGGUCUUGCUUGUGACAGGCAAGAUGGAUAAGAGGAGGAGUAGGAGGAGGAGCCAGUUGGCCAACUUCCUCAAUCCUCUCGCCUCCCUCACCAAGACGUCUCCUGACACCCUUAAAACUGCUGGGAGUCGCGCCUUCACCAAUGUCACAUCAGGGCUGGCCAGGCUGAACCCCAUAUCCAGUCUGCGAAUGAAGCGGCCCACCUCUGUCACAGGUCACCAGUCCUCCUCCAAGUUCUACCUGCAGAAACCAACUGUUUGUGUACAAGAUGGUGAGCAGGAUGUGCUGGUUCCCUUGGGUGUUAGUGAAACUCAUCUUGCUUCAUGUGGAGUGUUGGCUUCAAGUCUCAUGCCCACUGCCUAUCCACCAAGGUACCUCUCACCCCCACUGGUGAGAUGCCACAGUGAUUCUGCCCUCCUUCGAUCCCCAUCAGGGGAGCAUGUCCCAGCUAAUCCCUCCCCAAACCCGGAGAUCCUUGUAAGUGGAACUGUUGAGGCUUCUGGCACACCAUCCAUCACCCCAACCUUUGGGGGCCUCUCUCCCUCUCUCCUCAUGCAGAGAGUCAGGAAAAUUUCCCAUUCCUCGGAUGAGGUGGACGUGCGAGAAGAAAGGGAGGGAGGAGUGGCCCGGGCCUCCUCUGCCACUGACUUGCAGCUCCACCUUCCCUCCAGCCACUCUGAGGGCCACAUUGGGGGAUCUUCAGGAAUAGGGAGUGUACCAGGAGGAGAACUCACAAGUCUGGUGUCCCCCCUGUCUUCCCUGAACAAGGAGGCAGUGCUGGCACCUUUCUCUGUCCUAGCCCGAGGAAUGCAAAGUCUGGCCCCGGGUGCAGGACGACUGGCUCGAGGCAUGCAGAGCAUAGGGGUGAACCUUGACCCCAGGCGCUUACGUGCACAGCGACAAAGGCAGCUUGAGGAAGACCCAGAGAUGAAAGAGAAAAAAUCGCAGUGCAAAACAAAGAUAAUUCAAAUCUAAAUAAUUCCAUGCUUUUUUUUUCAGUUUUAGGUGAAUAUGAGAUGGGCAUUCACUUUUUGAAGGACAGACAGGAUUGACAGAUUGACCUACAAUCCUUUAGUUGUGGGUAUUCCUUGCAGGGAAGUAAAUUAUAAUAACUUUAAAGGAAGGUUGAAUUCUGCAGCUUUAUGAAUAAGCAGCAGUGACAAAUUGCAUCAUGAAAAGAUGAUGGUAAAACAUAUAUUUAAAGCUUUAAAUAUUUAUUCCCAUGUAUCAGAGGUACUUUGUGAAAGUCUCAAGUCAGGAAGAAUCUUAGUAACCACAUGCAGUAAGAUAAUGGAACAUUGCAUCACUUGGCAGCUAAGGUUUGGCUAAGGUUUGACAAGUGGGGUAGAUUGCUAAAAAGCAAAUGCUAUGAGGGUCGUCUUUAUACAACAGAAGACAGUCAGAGUAGCCUUGCUUCAGUAAAGCAGUUGCAGUAGCCAUCGAAUUUUAACAAAGAAUCCUAUUGGAAUCUUGGUCUGUGGUAGGGCCUAAAGGAUUCUGUAUAAUGCAGUUAAUGCAUUGUUCAUAUUUCUUAAUAAUGUGUUUUAUGAAGCCAAUAGCACCUCCUGUUUAAUGAAAUUACUACUGUUAACCAAAGUGUUUUGGUAAAGGGUGCAGAGUGCUGGUAAUGUGUUGUGUAUUUAUUAGCCUUCAGUACCUUGUCUGUACUUAAAAGAUUAGUGCUCAAACAGAUGUGAACUUGACUUCGUAACAUUCCAACUGUCUGUCUCUUCGCUGAUCUCACUGGACCUGAGUUUAUGAGCCAAUAUUUUCUGUACUAAAAUUGCUCCUGUUAGCCUGGUUUUCUGUAGGUCUUCCAUGAGCUCCUCUCCUCCAGGGUGUCAGGUGAGGCCUGGUGCUAGGGACCCCUCACCCUCGGCCCAUUCCAGAAACAAUUCAGAUGCAAUGAUACUUUUUGUUCUGUAAUAUAGUGUAAUGAUUGUAUUUUCAUGUAUAUAGGGAAAUGUAUGAACAUAUUUAAAGUAUAUUAAUGUUUUUGCAAAAGUUAUAAAGAAUCUAGUGUAGAAAGAGGUAGGGAAAUAUUUUAGCAUGGUCAGUAUGGGUUUUUGUGGUAAGAAACACAUGGUUUUGAAACACAUAUAUCACAUUCAGUAGUUGUCACUUAGGGAUAAUUUCAGAAUCUAUCACAUAUUUCUUUAUAUAAUCUUAUUAUUUUUGGCAUAAUAUAGGAAAUUUUAGGGCGACCAGCCAGUAGUACCUGCGAGUGUUGCCCACGAGCAGGUCAACAGUUUUUCCUUCCUCCUGACCAGCUGGGAAGUGUCAGUUCCUCCUCUCUCUCUCUCUACAUAUAUUUUUUACCUCUUUUAGGUUAGCCAGGUAGCCAUUUUAUAGUUUUAUUUAUCACACAGUAGCUUGAAUGUUAAUGCUGACUGACUAAAUAUUUUAGAAACAUAUAUCAAUGGUAUAUUAGUAAGUCAGCCAGUUAUGUAUCUUGUGGUACAUAUCACCAAUAUAUAUAUUUGUUUUUAGAGUUGUCAUGAAUGUCUUAGUGCCACAAUGCCACUUGUUCCACUACUGCCACAAUAAUCAAGGAGUAUUCCUGAACCCAUUUAC